AUGUACAAUAGUAAAUGUAAGGAUUGUAAGUUUCACGAGACAUAUAUCUAUCCGGGAAUUGUGUCCAAAUCCCAAAAGGGAAAGGCGUAUCACGAUGAGAAACUUUUUUUCCACGACAAAUAUGUGCCGGAUUAUAUGGGCAAGAUUUACGAUUUAAUGUUAAUCAAGUUGAGUGAGAAACUGGAUUUUAGUGCCGAUCCGGUCACCCAUUAUCGGCCAAUGAAUAGCAUUUGUUUAGUUCAGGGAAAUACGUUUAAUCCGUUCAAUGAAUACGCGAUUAUGACGGGCUUUGGGACGGUAUCGCCCACUCGUGGUGUGGAUAGACUUCAGGUCGGGUGGACUCUGAUCCGGGAAAUACGUUUCAACGAUGACGAUGGGGACGGCUGGACUAUUGUGGUCGACCAGUAUAGAGGGAAUGGUAGCAUACCCUGCUCGGGAGAUUCCGGUGGACCGUUGUUUCAGUAUUUAAAUGGAAGGGCUGUUUUGAUUGGCAUUUAUAGGUCGGUAACCGGUUGUGAGACAAAGGAGACCAGUUAUUACGUACGAGUUUCCAGACAUAUCGAUUGGAUAGUGAAAACUAUUACAAAUAAUUGA